GGUCGGCAGAAGGGGUGGUGUUGAGGCCUCUGAAAUCGCCCGCCGCCCUCUCGCGUCUUUCCGCGCCCGUUCUCGAGCGAAUUCCUGCGAUCGCUCCCCGUCGUCUCGCGUUGAAGCCUCCGCGGCCGCCUGUUGCAGUCAUGUCUGACAAAAGUGAACUGAAGGCAGAGUUGGAGCGCAAGAAGCAGCGAUUGGCUCAGAUCAGAGAGGAGAAGAAAAGAAAGGAGGAAGAAAGAAAGAAAAAAGAAACUGAUCAGAAGAAGGAUGUUCUUCCUGUUCAAGAAGAAUCUGACCUUGAAAAGAAGAGAAGAGAAGCUGAAGCAUUACUUCAGAGCAUGGGCUUGACACCGGAGUCUCCUGUCGUCCCUCCUCCUACCUCUCCGUCUUCCAAAUCCGUGAGUACGCCAAGUGAGGCUGGGAGCCAGGACUCCGGCGAUGGCGCCGUUGGAUCCAGGACGCUGCAUUGGGAUACUGAUCCAUCAGUUCUUCAGCUCCACUCUGAUUCCGAUCUGGGACGCGGACCUGUUAAACUUGGAAUGGCCAAAAUCACACAAGUUGACUUUCCUCCUCGGGAAAUUGUUACGUAUACAAAGGAGACACAAACACCUGUUAUGACUCAGCCAAAGGAAGAUGAGGAGGAAGAUGAUGAUGUGGUUGCACCAAAACCCUUAGUUGAACCUGAGGAAGUAAAAACGUUCAAAAAGGAAGAGGAGGAGGAAGCUGCCCCUCACGAACUUACAGAAGAGGAAAAGCAACAAAUUUUGCAUUCUGAAGAGUUUUUAAGUUUCUUUGACCACUCUACGAGGAUUAUUGAAAGAGCCCUUUCUGAACAAAUCAAUAUUUUCUUCGACUACAGUGGAAGAGACUUAGAAGACAAAGAAGGGGAGAUUCAAGCAGGAGCCAAACUGUCCUUAAAUAGGCAGUUUUUUGAUGAACGUUGGUCAAAGCAUCGUGUUGUCUGUUGUUUGGACUGGUCCUCUCAGUACCCAGAAUUACUUGUUGCCUCUUACAACAACAAUGAGGAUGCACCUCAUGAGCCUGAUGGAGUGGCCCUCGUGUGGAAUAUGAAGUACAAGAAGACUACGCCAGAGUAUGUCUUUCAUUGCCAGUCAGCAGUAAUGUCAGCUACAUUUGCAAAAUUUCAUCCCAAUUUGGUGGUUGGUGGCACAUACUCGGGUCAGAUCGUGCUAUGGGAUAAUCGCAGCAAUAAGAGAACUCCAGUGCAGAGAACUCCACUUUCAGCUGCUGCUCACACGCACCCCGUCUACUGUGUAAAUGUUGUUGGGACCCAGAAUGCUCAUAACUUGAUCAGUAUCUCAACUGAUGGGAAGAUAUGCUCUUGGAGCCUAGACAUGCUUUCCCAGCCACAGGAUAGCAUGGAGCUGGUUCACAAACAGUCCAAGGCUGUGGCUGUUACUUGCAUGUCCUUCCCUAUUGGAGAUGUCAACAACUUUGUUGUUGGAAGUGAAGAAGGCUCAGUCUAUACUGCAUGCCGUCAUGGGAGCAAAGCUGGAAUCAGUGAGAUGUUUGAAGGACACCAGGGACCAAUCACAGGUAUCCACUGCCAUACAGCAGUUGGACCUGUAGACUUCUCACAUCUUUUUGUCACCUCUUCUUUUGACUGGACAGUAAAGCUUUGGACAACGAAGAAUAACAAACCUCUCUACUCAUUUGAAGACAACUCAGAUUAUGUUUAUGAUGUUAUGUGGUCUCCAACGCACCCUGCCCUGUUUGCCUGCGUGGAUGGGAUGGGCCGGCUUGACCUGUGGAAUCUCAACAAUGACACUGAGGUGCCAACUGCAAGCAUUACUGUAGAGGGCAAUCCUGCUCUGAACCGUGUGAGAUGGACGCAUACUGGGAGAGAGAUUGCUGUCGGUGACUCAGAGGGCCAAAUAGUUAUAUAUGAUGUGGGAGAGCAAAUUGCAGUUCCUCGCAGCGAUGAGUGGACUCGGUUUGGCCGAACACUGGCAGAAAUAAAUGCCAACAGAGCUGAUGCAGAAGAGGAAGCUGCAACCCGCAUCCCAGCAUAGAUCUCUGCAAAUGGGCAGCAGUGGUAGGCUUGUGAAUGAUUUGAUGCGAAUCUUAGAAGUA